CCUCGGCCCCGGGGGGGGCCCGGACCCGCCCCGGCCCCGCCGCCCCGGCCCGGCAGGAUGAUCAAGCUGUUCUCGCUGAAGCAGCAGAAGAAGGAGGAGGAAUCGGCGGGCGGCACCAAGAGCUCCAGCAAAAAGGCCUCGGCCGCGCAGCUCCGCAUCCAGAAAGACAUCAACGAGCUGAACUUGCCCAAGACGUGUGAGAUCGACUUCUCGGACCAGGACGAUCUCCUGCACUUCCGGCUGCUCAUCUGCCCCGACGAGGGUUGGUGGCCACUGAGCCGUGUCUGGUGGCCCCCCCAGGUGGGCCAGGGCUACCCCCACGACCCCCCCAAGGUGAAGUGUGAGACGAUGGUUUAUCACCCCAACAUCGACCUGGAGGGCAACGUGUGCCUCAACAUCCUCAGGGAGGACUGGAAGCCCGUGCUGACCAUCAACUCCAUCAUCUACGGCCUCCAGUACCUGUUCCUGGAGCCGAACCCCGAGGACCCCCUGAACAAGGAGGCGGCCGAGGUCCUGCAGAGCAACCGGCGCCUCUUCGAGCAGAACGUGCAGCGCUCGCUCCGGGGGGGCUACGUGGGGGCCACCUACUUCGAGCGCUGCCUCAAGUGACCCCCAAACCCCCCCCAAAAAAAAACCCCAAAACCAUCUCCCCCCC